AUGGAUACUACUCAAAAUGAUAUGCAAGUUACUCCUACUGAUGUUGAAUCCAGUAAUGCAGGGGAUUUUAUUCAGUCUAUACAAGUUACUCCACCUAGAAGUUAUGAAGGUGAUGAGGGUGUUGUGGGUGAGGAGACUGUUGUGGGCAAGGAAGCUGAGGAGGGUGGUAAUGUUCAAGAUGAUGAGGUUCAGCAGGUAAGGGUUAGACCAAUUUCAGAGAUUUUGAAGAGGAUAAGGAGAAGAAAGUCAGAGAGAAUCUUGAAGCUGAAAUUAGGUAAGAGAAUUGGUGGUGUUGAUGAUCCAGAAAAUUCUAAGGGAAAAGCUCUUCUAAUUGAUUAG